AUGAGUAGCUCUCCCGCCGACCCACGUCCGACGAGACGGACGAGAAUAGUUUGCAUCAGCGACACCCACAACUGCACUGUCAAGCUACCCAAGGGCGACGUUCUCAUCCAUGCCGGUGACUUGACAAACCAAGGGAGUCUUUCAGAGCUCACCAAAGCAAUUCAAUGGCUUGAAAAAGCUGACUUUGAAGCCAAGAUUGUCAUUGCCGGAAACCACGACAAAGCCCUCGACACGGCACUCUCUUCUAAAUCCUCCCUGCCGCUAGCCAUCUCUCCAGAAGCCCGUUGCUUCCAUGACCAGUCCCUCCCCAACCCAAAAGAGUGUCUGUCUCUCUUCGAGACUCACGGGCCAUCAAUCACUUACCUCCGCCAUGAGUCCGCUGUGAUCAACCUCACGGACUCAAAGGGUCCGAGAACAAAGUUCAAAGUACUUGGGAGUCCCGGGACUCCUGGCCUGGGAGACAAAUGGGCGUUUGGGUAUGAAAGGAGUGUCUAUGACCCGAACUACGUCUCCAGGGAACGACAGGAGGCGCGGGCCAUAACUGAUUUGGGCGUAAAGCCGGACGGAAACGAGGAUAAAACUGCAGACAAGAUCUGGUCUUCCAUCCCGUCCGACACCGACAUCCUCAUCACGCACACACCUCCGUACGGACACUGCGACCUUGGUGUCGUCCGCGGGUCAGAUGGUCUUUCAGAAACUGGAGAAGUGGGGGAGAAGAAGACAGAAAAAGACCGACAUCUAGGAUGUUACUCCCUUCUCCAACGCUUAUCAGUCGUUCGACCGAGACUGCAUGUCUGCGGACAUGUACAUCGCGCUAGGGGGGCUGAAAGGGUCCAGUGGCCCCCGCCGAGCCCUCAUACUUUGGAUCGGGGAGAAGAUAUCUCUAGCGACGCGGAAGGGGGAUGGACAGAAUCAGGAACAGGAAAAUGGAUGGACCCGAGCCCGGAUCCAAAGUCUGCAAAGAUCAGUCUGGUGGAUUUGACGGGUCGCGGUCGUGGGGAAGGAAGCAGGAGGCUAGACUGGGAUGACGCUGAGGUUAGUGAUGCGGCAGGAGAAAGGGGAAAAGGAAGAGAGAGAAGAAGAGAAGGACGAAAGGAAACGUGUGUGGUGAACUGUGCCAUUCUGGCGAGCAAUUAUCCUCACGCGGGAGGAAAGAAAUUUCACAAGCCGGUGGUCGUGGAUUUGGAGUUGCCAGUUUGUGAGGAGGGGGACAGAGGUGUAGAAAAGGUUUGA